AUGGGAAUACAUGGAUUAGCAAAACUUGUAGCAGACCAGGCGCCUGCAGCUAUCAAAGAACAAGACAUCAAGAGCUACUUUGGCAGGAAAAUAGCCAUUGAUGCCUCUAUGUGCAUCUAUCAGUUCCUGAUUGCUGUGCGUCAGGAUGGAAACGUGCUGCAAAAUGAGGAUGGAGAGACUACAAGUCAUCUCAUGGGAAUGUUUUAUCGGACUAUUCGAAUGCUAGAACAUGGGAUCAAACCUGUGUAUGUGUUCGAUGGCAAGCCCCCUCAGCUCAAGUCACAAGAGCUGUCAAAAAGAGGCGAGAGGCGAGCUGAAGCCGAGAAGCAGCUGGCACAAGCACAGGAAGCAGGAGAACAAGAAAAUAUUGAUAAAUUCACCAAACGUUUAGUCAAAGUCACCAAGCAACACAAUGAUGAGUGCAAGCAGCUGCUAGCCCUGAUGGGAGUACCUUACAUUGAGGCUCCAUGUGAGGCGGAGGCCAGCUGUGCAGCCCUUGUUAAAGCUGGGAAGGUUUUUGCAACUGCGACUGAAGAUAUGGACGGGCUUACCUUUGGCACAAACGUCCUGUUGAGGCACCUCACAGCGAGCGAAGCAAAGAAAUUGCCAAUCCAGGAAUUCCACUUCAGUAAAAUGCUUCAGGACAUUGGCCUGACAAACGAGCAGUUUAUAGACCUGUGUAUUCUUCUUGGCUGUGACUAUUGUGGGACCAUUAAAGGGAUUGGUCCAAAACGAGCCAUUGACCUGAUCAAAACACAUGGUAGCAUUGAAGAGAUUCUGGACAACAUUGACUCUAGUAAGCACCCAGCUCCUGAAGACUGGCUCUACAAAGAGGCCAGGGCCUUGUUUCUGGAGCCUGAAGUUGUGGAUUGUUCUACAGUGGACCUAAAAUGGACUGAACCUGAUGAAGACGGCCUCAUUCAGUUCAUGUGCACCGAGAAACAAUUCAGUGAGGACAGAAUCCGCAACGGCUUUAAGAAGAUUAUGAAGAGCCGACAGGGCAGCACCCAGGGGCGACUGGACUCCUUCUUUACCGUCACUGGAUCUUUGUCGUCAAAGCGGAAGGAGUCCGAGACAAAAGCACCGGCCAAAAAGAAGCUGAAGACUGCGAAUGGAACAGCAGGAAAAUUCCGCAAAGGAAAAUAA